AUGGAUUCGUUGACACUCAACCGAGCGGCUCUUGAUGAGUUUGUCAGUACCCGAGUGACUCGCGAAAUGGUGUCAUACUUGGCGCAACAAGCAGCCCAGGUCAUCCGCUGUGAGGCGCAUGUGAUCAACACCGUCAACCAGAAUGGCCAACCUACACCACCAUCAACCCCUCCAAUGGAACCUGCUACCCUGCCGGCCCUCCCCUCAAUCGAAGCUUUCAUCAGCUCGCUCGUCGCUCGGUCGCAGGUGCAGGUGCCCACUCUCAUGAGCUGUCUCGUCUACCUCGGUCGACUUCGAUCCCGUCUGCCGCCAGUCGCAAAAGGCAUGCGCUGCACUGUUCAUCGCAUCUUCCUCGCCUCGCUCAUACUCGCCGCUAAGAAUCUCAAUGACUCGAGCCCCAAGAACAAACAUUGGGCCCGGUUUACUGCAGUAAAGGGAUUCGAGAGCUUCGGCUUUUCUCUCCCCGAGGUUAACCUCAUGGAACGUCAGCUGCUCUUCCUGCUGGAUUGGGACCUGCGCAUCACCGAACAGGACCUCUUCACCUACCUAGAGCCUUUCCUCGUUCCCCACCGCCAGCGUCUCAUCGCCCAAGAGCAAGAACGCCUCGCCGAAGAGGAAUACCGUCACAAACAACAACAACAUCGCGAAUGGCGCCGUCUCCAUGCAUCAGCAGAUCUGCUGGCCAGUCGCCUCCGCCGCCAAAAGCUCGAGGCCCGUGGGGAGACCCGCCGCGCGAACGACGGCUCCAUUCGCCGUCUGCCUAGUCACGUCUCCUGUCCAACCAUGCACAACACCCACCACACAGCACAGAAUGUCGCCGAAAUUGACCGCUACAACCCUUACCAGCGUCAGCGCGCAUCCCCCAACCGCAUCAACCGCUCUGUGUCCCCACCAUCCGUCCGCGACGUGCCAGCCCUCUCCCACGCCGAGACCUUCAACUCUCUGUGCUCGCGCUCCUCCAGCGUCGCCCCAAGCUCAAGUGGCACCCCGGCUUCCAUCAGCACGGUUUCCUCCCAGGGCGCCGAUGACCUCCUGCUCAUGGACCCCACUCGCAGCCCGUCUUCUCUCUCUCUCAACUAUGGCUAUGUGACUGUCGCCAACCUCGAAACGAAGAAGUCGUUCGAGCCUGUCCGCCAGCCAUCCAAGAAACAGAAGACCAGCAGUGACGCGCACAGCGGUGGCUUUGUCGCUCGCUUCCUCGCCUCCGCAACUGGCUCCUACAUGGGUGGCCGUCGGUCUCACUAA